AUUUUUAUAGAUGGCAUGGCCGACGCAAUUCCCGCUAAGAAACCCAAGAUGAGUCCAAGUGAAAUGCCGGCUCAGCCGGUAGCUGCCAAUUGUGCACACUGGGUACAGCGCAAGAAGCGCUACUGCAAAAUGGAACCGAGCAAGGGCAGUUUAUUUUGUGGAGCACAUGAGCCGCCGAGUGAGGGGACUGCAGAGAAUGCUGACGCAGAGCGCAUACCCUGCCCACUAGAUCCCAAGCACACAGUGUUCAAGCGGAAGCUGGCGAAACACUUGACCAUUUGCAAUGCAAGAGAUCAGAUCAGCAACCUGCCCUACAUACACAAAAAUAUAAAUGCAGGCGAGGAACUGGACUCGGACAACCUUCAAGAUAUCUGUGAAUAUGAGAAGCUAAAACUGCACGAACUAGAGGAUGAAGAGUUCUACAGGGUCAUAGACAAAGUGAAGCAGCUGUACGACACUCAUAUAAACGGCAACAUUGAGCAGCUGCAGCUGCAACAUUCAUCACUGGAAGAGCCCCUGAGCCACAGCGAAUACGGCCCGGAGACACGCAAGCAUCUGGUGCAAACAUCUGCUUUACUGGGCAUACUCGAGCAAGAUCAACAGUUGGUUGACAACACUAGCUUCAUUGAAUUCGGCGCUGGCAAGGGCCAACUGGCCUUCUACUUAGCCACGGCACUUGAAUCGAAGCAGUUGGCCAAGUCGCAGGUGGUGUUGGUGGAUCGCCUCUCGCUGCGCCACAAGAAGGACAAUAAGCUGACCAAUAAGCAGCUGGUGCAGCGAAUACGCGCGGACAUUGCGGACCUCAAGAUGUCCGAACUCCCAGAGCUGCAGCGUACCCAGCGCAAUGUGGCGCUAUCGAAACAUUUGUGUGGCGCUGCCACAGAUUUGACGCUACGCUGUGUGUUAGCCGACAAAGAGAAAUGCAAUACCGACUACAUAUUGAUUGCCCUCUGCUGCCAUCAUCGCUGCUCCUGGCGGUCCUACGUGGGCAAGAAGUGGCUCCAAACAGCGGGCAUCACACCACGAGACUUUGUCAUCAUCACCAAGAUGGUGAGCUGGGCUGUGUGUGGCACUGGGAUUAGCCGCGAGCGGCGCAAGGCCAUGGCGGAGGCAGCCACACAGGAGGAGCCGCCCCAACAGGAGCCGACGCAGAGAUUAAGCCGUGAGCAGCGCGAACUUAUUGGCUAUCAAUGCAAACGUGUUCUGGACUACGGCCGUUUGGAGCAUUUACGAGCGAAUGGCUACCAGGCGUCCCUCAAGUUCUACGUGUCGCGCGACGUGACCUUGGAGAAUGUAAUUCUGUUGGCAAAGCGCGACACCCCAAAAGUGCAAUAAUUGUAAUGCAUAUCUAUUACACCAUAGCCUUUAUUUAUG